GGCGGAAUCACUCUCGGAUAUCCGGUUCCAGGACUCCGCGCGGUCUCUAUUGUCACGGAACCCGCCGUUCCUGAGGCGCGAGCCAGUCCCGGAACCGCUGCCGCGAUGGUGGGCAAGACGCGGAAGCGUACGGUUAGUCACCGCCGGACCGCUAAGACUCAGUUGGUGGAGGAGGAGGAAGAGCAGGAACUGCCGCCCUCCCCGGGGGACCCCAGCUAUUUCCAAGACCAGGUAGAUGCCUUCCAUGAGGCGCGAUCGCAGGCUGCCCUGGCGCCCUCGUGGAGCGACGGGGAGAGCGGGGCAGAGGAUCCGGAGGAGGAGGAGGAGGUGCUAGGCUUAGACCUGCAGGAAGAAGACUCGGAGGAGGAGGAGGAAGAUGAAGGGGGGGAGGAGGACGAAGAAGAUGAAGAGGAGGACGAUGCCGGUAGUGUGGGUGGCAGCUCAGUGCUCAGCGAUGCCGACCCCGCCACCGAUGCUGAUCCCAGCCUGUCGUGGGGCCAGAGGAAGAAUCUCUAUUACAACACAGACUACCGGGCCUCCAAGAGCAAGGGGCUGCAGAGCCAACAGGAGGCCGACGAGGAAGAGCGGGAGGAGGAGGAGGAGGCCCAGCUCAUCCAGAGGCGCCUGGCCCAGGCCCUGCAGGAAGACGACUUCGGACUGAGCUGGGUGGAGGCUUUCGGUAAGUCGGCCCCGGUCCUGCCAGAGGAGGCCCAGACUCGGGUGGUGAAAGACUUGGACAAAAUGCCUGCCAAAGAGAAACUUAAGAUGCUGCGAAAGGAAUCCCCAGAGCUGCUGGAGCUGAUCGAGGACCUGAAGGCCAAGCUUACAGAGGUGAAAGAUGAGCUGGAGCCGUUGCUGCACAUGGUGGAAAAGGGGAUCAUCCCUCCCGGAAAAGGUAGCCAGUACCUGAAGACCAAGUACAACCUCUACUUGAACUACUGCUCUAACAUUAGUUUUUACUUGGUCCUGAAAGCUAGACGAGUCCCCAUUCAUGGACACCCUGUCAUUGAAAGACUUGUUACCUAUCGAAACUUAAUAAACAAACUGGCUAUUGUGGAUCAGAGACUGUCGAAUGAAAUGAGGCAUCUUCUCACACAGAGCAGUACUGAUGGAAAAGUGGCAGCAAAUCUAAAGAAGAAACCCACAAAGCUUAAGCUAAAAUCCCUUUCCAAGAUUCCUGAUCUCAGUGAUGUUCCGGACCUUGAAGAUGACUCUGAUUUAGAUAAAGAAGCUGCUUUGAAGCACUAUAAAGAAAUGGAAGAGAGACUGAAAUUAAAAAGAAAGAAAGAAGAAGCAAUGGGUGAGGAAGAAGUGCUUGAAGAUCCAAAUGCUAAGAGGGCUAUUACCUACCAGAUUGCCAAAAAUAAGGGACUUACACCCAGAAGGAAGAAAAUUGAUAGGAAUCCCAGAGUUAAACAUCGUGAGAAAUUUAGGAGAGCCAAAAUUCGGAGAAGAGGUCAAGUACCACAGGUUCGCACAGAAGAAUACAAAUAUUCUGGUGAACUAUCUGGUAUUCGUGCUGGAGUUAAAAAGAGCAUUAAGUUGAAAUAAAAUUAAUUUGCUUAGUUUAAGCUCUAAGCAAUAUAUUUUGGA